CUCUGCCCCGGCCUUUGCAUAGCGGGCACCGCUUCCGAGCGCGGCUUCCUCCUCCUCCUCCUCCUCCUCCUCCCUGCCCGGCACCGCGAGCAUCCCCAGCGCGCCGAGCAGGACAGGCGGCAGGGCCCGGGCUGGUGCUUCUCAGUGAAGAGAAGAUAAUUCAGAGAGACCAAAGAUGCCUUGGCCGAGCAGAAAGAGAGACAAAGGAGCAGUAGCAGAUAAAAAAGAGCCUGAUGCUAAAAUUGCCAAAACCGAGGAGGAGACUUCGGAUAAGGAGGAAGAAGAGAAGUCUGCAAAAAAUCCAGCUGGGAGCUCCAAGUCAGGAUGGAAGAACUGGAAGAAAAAAGAAUCAGAGUCUGGUGGAGAGGAAAGCAAGAUCACAUAUUGUCACUGGCUGCUGAAAUCAGAACCUGAGAGCAGGCUGGAGAAGGGGGUGGAUGUGAAGUUCAGUGUUGAUGACUUGAAAGCUCAGCCUAAUCAGACAACCUGCUGGGAUGGAGUGAGGAACUACCAGGCAAGGAAUUUCCUGAGAUCCAUGAAACUUGGGCAGCAGGCCUUCUUCUACCACAGCAACUGCAAAGAGCCUGGCAUUGUGGCCCUUGUCAAGAUCGUGAAGGAGGCGUACCCUGACCACACACAGUUUGAUCAGAAGGAUCCUCAUUAUGACUCCACCAGCAGAAAAGAGAACCCCAAAUGGUCCAUGGUGGAUGUGCAGUUUGUGAGGAUGACCAAGCGCUUCAUCCCCCUGUCUGAGAUCAAGGCUCACCACCUGGCACACAAAGCUGAUGGGGGGCCCCUCAAGGACAUGAUGCUCUUCAGCAGGCAGCGCCUGUCCAUCCAACCCCUGACACAAGAGGAAUUUGAUUUUGUCUUGAGCCUGGAAGAGGAAAAGCCACAUUAAAGCAGCACAGCUCCCACCCAGCCCGCUGAUGCCUCCUCCUCCUCCUCCUCCUCCACCAGCACAACUCUCAAGUUCACCUGCUCAAGCACAGCACCACAAAUGUGCCCACACAAGAUCUGCAGCCACACGACCCUUCCCUGACACACUGUUAUUUUUGCUUAUUUUUUCAAUAAAUAAAGCCUUUUGGAAUCAACUUCA